AUGCGGUUCAACACCAUCUACGGUGUUGCCAAGGAGUGCUCCACCGAGCUCAGGCCAAGCAUCAAGACCGUUGAAGAAACCAUCAAGAGUGUGGUAGGCCCUGUCAAAGAUAAAUUCCACCUCGUUCCCGAUGAGAUCCUCCGUCAUACAAAUACCGAUCAAGAUCAUCAUUGCGUUGGACACCCGACUCCUGUUGCCAACAUAACCACCUUGUCCGAAAUGGCAGUGAGGAUUUACACGAAGUGCGAGCCUGUGGUAGAGCAGAAUGUGGCUUAUGCAUGGAGGAAGGUGAAACAGACUCCGGUGUUCCAUCGGGUGGCGAAUGUGGUUGCGUCGAAGGCUGCGAUUUGCACGAAGAAGUACAACGAUGUGGUUAUCGGUGUCGCGGAGAAGAGUUCUAAGGUAUCAGUGUACACGCUUUUGUUGGUGCAUAAAUAGAGGAUACAACUAAGGUGUUUAGUGAAUUUUGAAGCGUGAAUCAAUCAAUCUCUUCUUUA